GGGGGAGAGGCCAGGAGGGCAGUGUGCUCAAGGGGAGAGAAGGUGAGAGCUGGGGAAGGCAGGAAGGUGACAGCAGAGGAAAAGCAGCGCAGGCCCCUCUGCUUUCUGCUGCUUCCCCUUGGUGGGGGCUGUAAAAAUGCUGGACAAUAUCCCUGCUGCGAUCCUCGAGUCUGGCAGGAGCGUGUUCCCAACGCUCCCGAAGCUCACGGCGGACGAAGUCUUUAGUAUUUGGGCCAAUGUGUCUGAAUUUGUGGAACGGCAGCUCUCCAUGAACAAGGCUGUCCAAAUACCAGGGCUUGGAACAUUCUCUUUUUUAAGACAAAAAUUAGAUGUCGGCAACAAUAAAUUUAUCCUUAUUCAAAGACCUGUGUUUCUUCUAUCUGAGAAACUAGCACAGAUUCAUGGACUCAAACUUGCCAAAAUACACACUCCUGGUGAUAUCCCAAUUAUUCAACUGAACUUCAUCAUGUUAUCCCUGGAGGGUCCCUUUAACAGGGAGAUAGUGGAAGGAUGUGUAAAAGAGACCCUGCUUUUUUUCUCACGAUCCAUCGCUACCAAACAGAAUGUUGAAUUCACUUUCAAGGGAAUUGGAGUUCUCGUUAUCCGGGACAACAAAGUGAAAAUGAAAUUUUACAAAGAUUUCCUUCAAGCCAUGGAUGGCAGUGGCAAUCUGGUGAAAGCUCUUUCCAAUAGGCCCGGGACGAGCGAUUCAGUCAUUUCAGGCAGAGAAACUGCAGUAUCUCAGUCCCGUGCUUGCAGUGUUGUCAUGUUUCCAAGGAUUGAGUUGAAGGAAACAGACAACAAAGCAGCCAUGGAAACCAUCACAGAAGAAAGUGAAAAGUCCAACAAAGAAAAGGAGCUAAUAGAAAAAGAGAGAGCUCAUAGUAACAGUAGCAGUAAAAAAGAGAAUCUUCCCAUUAAGCGCCUUCUGUCCCGACAAUCUAUUGUUCCUGCCAAAGUGUCAGGGUUCAAUCUGACUGAUGAGCUGGAGAAGAACCUCAAGCAAAAGAAUGUCCCUGAAAGUGCAACAUCACCUGCUCCCCCGUGUUUCUCAAAGACAGAAACUGACUGCAGUCCCAACCUAAUUCAUGCUGCUGGACACAGAACUCCAUCACCUCUUUGUCAAGAUCAUGGUAGGGCUGGACAGGAAAUGUGCUACCUGUGUAUGCAGCGUGCUCAGAGGAACAUCCCAGUGUACUUCAGCGAAGAGAGGAGGAGGAAAGAGCUAGAUGAUGACAGAAUAUUGGCGCAAUACCAAACUAUGAAAGACCAAGAGGCUCUUCAUAGGCAGCAGAUGAAAUUCUUGGCAAACAGAGAACAGAACCAAAAAACCGCUGCCUUUAACCUGGGGGUGGCUGAAGCAAUGAGAAACCACAAGAAUGAAAAAUCCACAGAAUUUUAUAAAUCAUUUGUUUUUGUUAAACGGCCGCCCAGCCCUCCCCCGUACAUCAAGCAGGAGGAGUAUUCACAAGAGUUGUUGAAGCAAAUGGAGGAGAAGAAGGAGAAGGAAGCAAAAUUAAAGCAGGACAAAGAGCUGAUGGAUCGGCUGGAGCAAGUGCAGCUUGCGGAAGAGCUAGCUGCCCAAAGAGCGAAAUAUCUGAAAGGCAAGAUGGAAGAAAUGCAGUGCUAUAAGAGGGCCUUGGAUACACAGAUAAAGUUGAAGCCGAUACAGUUGCCGGUCUCUGAGCCUGACUCAGCUGAUCUCAUCUUUGGGAAGAGUGAUAUGACCAAUGAGAAGCUUGCGGAAAAAAAGCAGCGAGCCCAGGAGUUCUACAAGCACCAGCUGCAUGCCACAGCUGAGCGGAAGAGGACGGCUAUCCUCAAUCAGCUGGUGGAGCAGAGGAAAGAAGCUGACAUGCUGCAGAGAGCGAAGAGAGAGUGGAUUGCAGACAGGGGAGCGCAGUUUGAGAAAAUAUUCCAGAUGAAUUUAGCAAUGCAGGACGACUGGCAAAAAAGCGCUGGAAUGAAAAGGCUGAGGGAAGUUGAAGAGAAGCUAUUUGAGCGUGCCGGGGACAAGCUCUUGCUACUUGAUCAGUGCGAGAGAUAUCGACGCUGUUUCCAGUGUAAGAGGCGCACGACCAACUGCGGGGAAUCCCAUGUGUGGUCAGAGUCUAGAUACAUUCCAGGAUCCCGGUUAAUGGUUUGAAGCAA